GGUGCAUUUCAAUGCCAUGUGUGUGUUUUCACUUGCCUUUGGCGUACGAACAGUCUGAGUCAGAGCAUUUAACAAGGCACCUGUUUCGGCCGAAAACAUGGGUAAAGAAAUCGCCGAAAUGACCACCACCUUCCUUACCGAUUUUCUGCGACAGUGCGGUGGCUACGGCGUUGUUGACGGCGGCUUUGCGACAGAACUGGAGCGCCUCGGUGCCGAUCUUAACGAUCCUCUCUGGAGCGCUAAAUGCCUCAUCACAUCCCCUCACCUUGUCCGACGGGUACAUUUAGACUACCUUGAUGCUGGGGCUAAUAUCAUUUCCACAGCAUCUUAUCAGGCAACACUUCAGGGUUUUGAGGCUAAAGGGUUUUCUAGAGAUGAGAGUGAAGAUUUGCUAAGAAAAAGUGUUGAAAUUGCACUUGAAGCACGUGACAUCUGUCUUGAACGAUGUACAAAGGAUUCUUGGGAUUUCACUACAAGUGGAGAGGGAUCGAGGAGGCCGAUUCUGGUAGCUGCCUCAGUUGGCAGCUAUGGGGCUUAUUUGGCUGAUGGGUCUGAGUACAGUGGGGAGUAUGGUGAUUCAGUUACUCUUGAAACACUUAAGGAUUUUCACAGGAGAAGAGUGCAAAUUCUGGCCAAUGCAGGUGCUGACUUAAUCGCGUUUGAGACAAUUCCAAACAAGUUGGAAGCUCAAGCAUAUGCUGAGCUUCUUGAUGAAGAGGGCAUUGAAAUUCCAGCUUGGUUUUCUUUCAACUCCAAGGAUGGAAUCAAUGUGGUUAGUGGGGAUUCUAUAUCUGACUGUGCCUCCAUCGCAGAUGCUUCAAAGCAAGUUGUUGCUGUAGGAAUCAACUGUACUCCUCCCAGAUAUAUUCAUGGACUAAUCUCGUCGAUUAGGGAGGUCACUAACAAACCAAUUGUGGUUUAUCCCAACAGUGGGGAGACUUAUGAUGGUGCGACCAAACAGUGGUUGAAAUCUGAUGGAAUGAUAGGGGAAGACUUUGUUUCAUAUGUAAGAAAGUGGAAGGAAGCUGGAGCCUCUCUGUUUGGUGGGUGUUGCAGGACCACUCCAAACACAAUCCGAGGCAUAGCCAAAGCACUUUCUUCUAAAACCAUUUGAGCUGUUUCCCCUCUAUUUACAAGCUUUGAUGCCCAUGUCUAUGAUAAAUGCUGAUUCUCACAAGCGUUUUCAAGAUGCAAUAAUUUGAAACUGAUAGUGAUUGAUGGUUCCAUUGCAAACUACCAAAUAGAAGUCCUAAAACCAGAAAGGAAAAGAGAAGCCCAUAUGCUUGAAGACAAAAGCAAUGGGGAUGAAGAUAUACCAAUCUUUUGCAGCUCCCACUUUUGAGUGCCUAAUUAUAUCCUUAGGAUUUGGCUUUAGAUUCUCUAAGAGGGGAAAUUAGAGCUAAUGUUAUUGCUGUUUGUCUUAUUGGUACAGCCAAGAGGCUUCCAUCUAAGUUUGAAUCUUCUGUUUUACCAUGUACUGCAUCAAAUAAGUAACAACGAAUAAAUUUUGAUUGCAAGAAGUAACCAGAUUUCUCUAUGAAAUAUAUUAAAUUUUGAGGAUU